AUGUCUACCAAGGAAGAAACAAGGAAGGAGGAUGCGACGCAAGUUGAAGACGAUGAUGAACCAGAUGAGUGGGACAAGCGAAUCUUUAGCACAGGAUGUGCAGAUGAAAACGCCAAAAUGACAGACUGCUACUUUGAGAAAAAAGACUGGAGAGCAUGUACCGAAGAGGUCAGUCCUACUUACUAUGCAAUCUAUACCCUAUCUCUCGCCGCAUGCUCACAUCAAUAG